AUGAAGGUCAAUCAAGCAGAGGCUGAGUUCUGGAGAAAGUUGGAGGGAUACAGAGUAGGCUGGAAUGAUGAAAUUUUGGGCUUUGAUUGUGGUGGCCAACAAUGGGUUUCAGAAAUUUGUUUUCCAGUUGGAACCCUAUCUAAACCAAGCAUGAAAGACCUGGAGUAUAUUGAAGAAUUGAUGCAACUAAUUGAGAAAGAAAAUAUACCUGUUCCUGCACCUAUUGAACUGAGAUGGACAGCAUGCAGCAAAAGCCUCAUCGGUAUAAUUAUGUAUCUUACUACAAUGGAUGCUAGCCAGAGGAAAGAAAUUACAGAAGAUUUCUUUCACUACAGGCGUAUGACGCAAAGAAAUUUAUGGGAUAAAUAUUCAGAUUAUGAACCCUGGGCUAAAAUUGAGGUAUGAAUUGCAUUUAGUGUGAAGCUGCUCAAAUUUUGGUCUCUAGAGAAAUUUAAUCUGUAACAAUGAGUAUAGGAUUCUUGAAUGCUUUGAUAUUUAUUGAUAAUAAAUAUUUUUAAAGCAUUGAUCCUGACAUUUUUUUAUCUAUGGGUAUUUGUACAUGAUCUUCAAUGCUUAUCGGACAAUAGCUAGUAUAUAUUUGAUUAUAGACACGGAAAUGAACGUGGAAAGCC